AUGAAGAGUGUUCGCGGUCGCGAGAGCUCUCGCUUGCUGUCGCUCCCCGACGAGCUUCUCCAGCCCUUUCUCGCGCGCGUCGACCACCCGCGCGAUCGCUGCAGCCUCGCUCUCUCCUGCUCUCAACUCCGCCGCCUCUCCCGCCGCACGCCCCACUCCCUCCGCCUCCACUUCUUCGCGAAAAAACAGGGCGCCACCGCCCGAGAAUGGAUAAAGAACUUCGACAUUUAUUCCGGGGUAUUUACCCAUAUAAUAGACCUCGCGGUGGAGGUUAGCUGCACCACCAUUGACCAGCUGCUGGGGGGAAUCGGCGCGGGCUGCCCGAAAUUGGAAAGGUUGAAGCUCGUGUCGGUGCGCGACCCGCGGUUUCAGAUCAACGCCGCGGCUUGGGGGAAGCUCGCGCGGCAAUGCCCUCUCUCUCCCCCACCCCCUUCCCCCCCCCUCCCCCCCCUUUCCCCUUCCCGCCACCUCUCGCGCGCUCUUUCCCCCUCGCAUCAGCCGCAUAACGUCACUGGAGCUCGACUCCCCACUCUACCGGAGGUGCAUCGAGCUCAACGAAACGCCGCCUCCCCCAGUAGACGCCUUCCUGCACUGCGCUCACUCACGCUCCUCUACGAGCCCUCGCACUACCGAUUCAUCGACCGCUGCUCCUCCCUCACCUCCCUCACCCUCUGGCGCCCCAGCGCCUUCGCCCUCUACUCCCUCGCCUCCCCGUCCUCCCCUCUCCACCUCUCCCUCGCCUCCCUCACCAUCCAUUCCGCCGUGCUUGAAGCUGCCCUCGCACCCCUCGCGUCCUUCCCUCGCCUCGCCACGCUCGCCUUCCACUCCUGCACCAUCGAUCCCUGUGAGCUGCACGCCUUCGCUCGCUCCCUCCACACGCUCACCCACCUCGCUAUCCUCAACUGCCCCUUGGUCUCCAGUCACGUCCUUGCACCGCUGGUUGAAACCAACCCGGCUCUCUCCUCCCUCUCCCUCCACUCCACCUCCUACCCUCUCUUCGCCGCCCAAGGCCUUCGUACUAUGCUCGCUCGUUCCUCCUCGCGCCUCCACACACUCACCCUCUCCGGGCUGCCCUCGUACCGCCCGGGCAUGCUUGCACGCUGCAGCUCUCUGCAACGCCUCACGCUGAAAGGAGCGAGGAGGCGAGGGAGAGUGUUAUGCCGUCUGAGUCGCCGCAGAAGCCCCGCCCACUCGGGCAUGAGCGGCAACAGGUGGCGGCGUUACUACCUGUAUAUCCGUGCGGAAGCAGCGGCAGCAAACGCUGACACCAUCGCAGCAAUGGAUGACUCACGAGCCGUGCUGAAGAACGCUCGGUGGAAGCUCAAGAAAGCCGCUGAGGAAGGCCUGCAGACUCGGCGCAUGCACGGGGAGUUCGCCCUGAUACACAUCCGAAACGCGGUUAUCAAGGUGCGUGCCGCCAUGUCGCUGUGCCGGUGCAUGCGGGUGGCUGUGGCGGAAGUGGACGGCAGGAUGGCUCGCGUGGAAGCACUGGUACAGGCCGGCGCUGCUGCUGACGCUGCAGGGCUCUUCACAGCGGCACUGGACCCUGAGAGAGAGGAGAAGGACCGGGAGAGGGAGGGGCAGGGGGGAGGAGGGAGGGAGGUGGAAGAGCUAGUGGCGUUCAUACCUGAGAGUGACCUGUCGGCGGAUCUGGCGGACGUGAGUGAGGCGCUGGGGGAGGAGACGGGUAUGUGGCCGGCAAUUGUGGCGGUGUCACGAGCAGAGGCGCGCGCGCUGCUGCAUGUGCUGACGGGGCAGCUGAUGGCGCAGAUGUUGGCGAUAGGUGACGCGUUUGAGCCCGCUCUGCCACCAGUGCCUGGGGCAGUGUUCGCCUCCACUCGUGACCCUUCCUGGUUGCCUUCUCAUUUCCCCUCUGCCUCGCCUCGCAUGUGCCCCUCUCCUCACACCGCACCGCUCCCUUAUUUUCCUACAAACCCUCCCUCCCCCUAUGCUGUCCCUAGCCUGAAUAGAGAGCCACAGUCCUUCAGAUCCCUGGCGCGAGCUGCUGUGUUUGGAAGGGUCAAGAGCUUGGCUAUCUUGAACUGCUCGGGGCUGAGGGAGAGGCAUCUGGUGAGGCUGCUGCGUGCAUGUGCCAUACUGGAAGAUCUGCGGGUGGAAGGCAGCGAUGCGCUCUCAGACACGGUGAUAGCAGGGAGUAAACUGGAGGUGCUGACUCGGUUGACUGUGGUUGGGUGCGGUGGAGUCACUGCAGACGGCAUUGGCGGGCUGCUGGGGCACAUGCCAAGGCUGCGGUAUUUGGAGGUGGAGGCGAGUAAGAGCACAUUACCCGCAGAGCACCCACGGGCCAUGGGAAUUCCUCGAACCGUGCCGGCUGCGCCGUUCGCGGCAUCGGCCUGGCUGACGCUUUUCAUGUCAUCCCUGAUGUUCUCUAACGCGCGGGACCUCUCGAUCCGCCAUCUUCCAGCCACUAGGAACUCCGAAGACGUGACUGCCUCGAAUGUCUCCUCAGUCCCAUCCUCUUCUUCUCGCGAAUUCGCCGGAUUUGACGGCGCGCGCGGGAAUGACGCAAUGCCGAUUUCGCACAGCUCUCUCGCCUCCGGCGCCGCUUCCGCGGAAGUUGGAGAGCCGGCGCAAUUCUCGACGCGACCCGGGAUAAGCGGCUAUGACGGACCGCGGUUGGCGGGGGAAUCGGCGACCCCGGAGUGGCUGGACCGGGACGCGCUGCAUGAGCUGGAGGAGCGACUCAAGGACUUGCUUGGCGGCGAGCCGCCUCUCGGAAUCAACGGCGAUGAUGAUGAUGGCGAUAAAGGCGCGUUUGAAGCUGACGAUUGGGAAUCGCCGGGGCCUACUAAUUAUGGCGACAAGGAUGAAUAUCAAGGAGGUGGAUUUACAGGAGCGACGGACGAGAACGCGGCGAUCACGAAUCUGGAGCGGGAAGUCGGCGUGAGGACGACGAUCGGCGUUACCCGGAGCAGCACCAGCAGCGCCGGCGACCGCGGCUCCAUCCGCAGAAGCAAUUGCGGCAGCGGCGAAGGCUGUGGUGGUGCGGGGGGCGACGCGACGGUGCGGAGGAGAUCGCUGGGGGGAAAGCCGAUAGUACCGAAUCUGACCGUGGCUCAGGAUGGAUCGGGAGACGUCACCAACCUCCAGGACGCCGUGAGGAUGAUCAACAGCGAGAUGAGCAAGUCGUGGUACAUAGUGCAGUUGAAGCCGGGGCGAUACGUGGGGAACGUGGAGGUGGAGCGUGCAAACGUGGUGCUCCUAGGCAGCGGUGCAUGGCGCACGGUCGUCACAGGGAACCGCAGCAACGGCGCUGGCUUCGAAACGUGGGAUACCCCUUCCUUUGCGGUGGCGGGAAACAACUUUGUGGCAAUGGGCAUUCGCUUUGAGAACACGGCACCGGCGAGCAUGGAGGCAGCAGUGGCGUUCCGAUCAGCGGGAGACAGAACCAUUGCAUACCGCUGCGUCUUUUCUGGCUUCCAGGACACCCUGAACUCGCACCGCGGGCGGCAGUACUACCGCAACUGCGCCAUCUCUGGCCACGUGGAUUUCAUCUACGGUCGCCACGGUGCGGCCGUCUUUGACCGCUGCCGCAUCGUCCCGUUAAAGCGCCCGGGGGAGAACGGCGCCGCCACCAUCGCCACACACGGCGGAGAGACACGGUCGAAACGUGAAGGCGGGUUCAUCUUCUACCGCUGCUGGAUUGCUGCAAACGCUCCGGGGGUGACGGUCUACCUGGGGAGGCCGUGGAGAGCGCACGCGCGUGUCGUGUAUAUGUUUAGCUACCUGUCAAAUGCUGUCCUUCCUGAGGGAUGGGUGCCGUGGCCUGGGGAGGGCUUUGGGCCGAAGGCUUUUCUGGGAGAGUAUCAAAACACGGGGCCAGGUGCGGGGAUGAGUGGGCGUGCGAGGUGGGUUCGGCCCGGGUUGCUGAGUGAAGCGCAGGUGGCUCCGUUCAUGCCUGAAGCGUUUAUUCGGGGCAGCCGGUGGGUGGGCAAGUCACCUGUGGAGAUCGUGUACCCUUGA